CCGUCGCCUCCGUGGCUUCCUUCCCCAUUUCCUCGCAUCGGCAUCCUCUUGCUUUGCUUCACACGCGCAACGCCAGAUUUCUGUUUUUUUUUCUCUCUCUUUUAAUUUUGGGGCGGUCUUUGUGUCUAGUCGGCGGCGGGGCGAUGGAGACGGCGGCGGCGGCGAUGCUUGAAGCCGGGGUGGGGCGGUUCUCGCGGGCGCCGGCGCUGGCCGCGGCGCUGCUGGCCGAGAUGUGGGCGCCGCUGGCCGUGGCGCUGGCGGCGCUGGCGACGCUGCCCAGCCUGCUGCGCCGGCUGCAGGUCAUCGUGCUGCGCCUGCGGUCGCGCGGCAAGGAGGUCAUCCAGUCACACAUCGGGACCUACUACUCCUCCGGCGACGAGGAGGACGAGGGCGACGAGGAUGACGACGACGAGGAGGAGGAGAGCUCCAACGAGGCGGACACCAGCUCCUCGGGCGAGGAGGAGGCGCAGGACCUGAAACGGAUCGGGUUCUACGAGGGCGCGGCGGACGACGGCGGGUUCCCCUGGGGCGGCGCCGUGGUGCGGACCUGGCAGUGCCUGCCGCGCGCCGGCGGGGGGAGCGCGAGGCCGGCCCCCUUCGGCGGCGUCCCCGCGGUGAGGCUGUGGGGCGCCAUGACGGCCAGCGGCGAGCCGUGGCUGGCCGGCGCCGAUGAAGGCGGCUGCGCGGCCGCGGAGGCGCCCUCGGAGCAAGUGGUGGUCGGGUGGCGGCGCGAGCACGCGGCGUCCCGGCGCCGGCGGCACGCCCCCCUCCCCCACGCCCGCGAGGUGUGAAUAUGCCACAGGGCGACAAGCUGGAGAUGCCGAUUCCCCCCGCCGGGGCCCACCCGCCAGCAGGUGUGAUUAGUAUUGUGGGGGAGUGGUUAGGCGCCGCGCCGGAUUGGUUGGUGUCUUGGUGAGAUGAUUUAAUAAUUUUAAAAAAUUGCUUGUCGAUUGGGGAGGGAAGGGGGGAAAAAGAACAUUUGGAGUAAGCAGUAGGUGCGGGGAGCCCUGUGUGUUGAUGGUGUUGUACUGGGGACAUAGCAAGCUGGGGUUAGAUUAGAAAAGGCAAAAAAAAAAAGCAUGCUGCAGCUGCCCAUCUUCUCCUGGAGAUGGACGGUAAAAGCCUUGCCGUUGAGUGCGUGUAAUCUUUCCGUACCACCGCCAUUCUUUGAUUCAUGUGGUGAUUGUGAUGAUAAAUAAGAAGAGAAAAAAGAAAAUGGUGAAAGGCA